ACUGUAGUCGGUAACGAAAACCGGAUUACCUGCUGCAGCAUAAGGCUAGAAGAAGCGAAGGAAAACCCUAAGCCACUCCUCUUACGCCAUCAGCGCUGCUCAAGGUUACAAUAACUGUUCGUUUUCUGUCUUCCAUAGUCUCAUCUCAUUAGCGCUACCGUAUUUCAGGGCGUACAAUCAUGGCAGGGAUGGCAGUUGAAGGAACCCAGUUUGAUGGUCGUCAGUAUGAUGCCAAGAUGAACGAAAUACUGCAAACUGAGGGUGACGAUCUGUUCGCCAGUUACGAUGAAGUGCAUGACACUUUUGAUUCAAUGGGAUUGCAUGAAAAUCUGCUGAGGGGCAUUUAUGCCUACGGGUUUGAGAAGCCAUCUGCAAUUCAGCAGAGGGGGAUAGUGCCCUUUUGUAAGGGAUUGGAUGUGAUCCAGCAGGCCCAAUCCGGAACUGGCAAAACAGCGACGUUUUGUUCUGGGAUUUUGCAGCAACUCGACUACAACUUGGUGGAAUGCCAGGCUUUGGUUUUGGCUCCCACACGGGAGCUUGCGCAGCAGAUAGAAAAGGUUAUGAGGGCGCUUGGCGAUUAUUUGCAGGUCAAAGUUCAUGCAUGCGUGGGAGGAACAAGUGUUAGGGAGGAUCAGCGAAUUCUCAUGAGUGGUGUUCAUGUUGUUGUUGGGACCCCAGGUCGUGUGUUUGACAUGCUGCGAAGGCACUCUCUUCGUGCUGAAUACAUCAAGAUGUUUGUGCUGGAUGAGGCCGAUGAGAUGCUUUCCAGGGGUUUUAAGGACCAGAUCUAUGAUAUCUUUCAGCUGCUUCCUUCAAAGAUUCAAGUUGGUGUUUUCUCUGCCACAAUGCCUCCAGAGGCUCUAGAGAUCACUAGGAAGUUUAUGAAUAAACCUGUGAGGAUCCUGGUGAAAAGGGAUGAGUUGACCCUUGAGGGUAUUAAGCAGUUCUAUGUCAACGUUGACAAGGAGGACUACAAGCUUGAUACACUCUGUGAUCUCUAUGAGACUCUUGCCAUUACUCAAAGUGUUAUCUUUGUGAAUACCAGACGAAAGGUUGAUUGGCUGACUGAUAAGAUGAGAGCUCGUGAUCAUACUGUGUCAGCUACACAUGGUGACAUGGAUCAGAAUACCAGGGACAUUAUUAUGAGGGAGUUCCGUUCAGGAUCUUCACGUGUUCUGAUCACGACCGACUUGUUGGCUCGUGGCAUUGAUGUGCAACAAGUAUCAUUGGUUAUCAACUAUGAUCUUCCCACUCAGCCAGAGAACUACCUCCACAGAAUUGGUCGUAGUGGAAGAUUUGGAAGGAAAGGUGUGGCAAUCAACUUUGUUACUAGGGAUGAUGAGAGAAUGUUAGCAGACAUUCAAAGGUUCUAUAAUGUGACUAUCGAAGAACUUCCUUCCAAUGUUGCUGAUCUUCUGUGAGGUUUUGUGCAAGGAUUUUCGAAGAAGUGUCUGAGAAAAUAUCUAAUUAUCAUUUUAUUGUCAGACGAUUCUUUAUUUUACCUCAGAACAAGUGAGCUAUUUAAGUAGUUAACUUAGGAUUAUAUGGAUCUCAGGUUUCUGAGUAUUUGAUUAGGUUUUGGGUGGUAAAAAAAAAUAUAUUUACCCACAGGGACUUGACUUUUAGAGUUUUCUGAAUAUUGAUAUUUUCAAAGAAGUUCCUAGGGUUAAAGACAACAGGAAUUUCUUGGAUUUCUAUUGGUUCUCUGUAUCGUUUAGUCUUUUGCACUGUUAUUAUGUAUGGGAUGCAAUCCUUCAAAAUUUUGUAUCACUUAGAUUA